ACACCGAGUACGAACUGAGAGGCGUACUGGCUGGGCACAGCAAAGGAGUAAGGUGCAUGUGUGUCAUUAGUAACACCCAUUUGGACGAAUUAAAAGAAUGCCAACUCAGCUUUGACUACAUAGUUAGUGCCGACAUGACUGGGACAAUUAUGGUGUGGAAAAGGAAGACUGACGAGGAAGCCCCUACUGGAGAAGAAACUCUACCCCCGGAUGAAAACCCAUACAACGAUGUAGAAACCUUUCCACUUCAUCUAAGUGAUAAUUACCAACUUUACAAAAAAAUAGAAAUACAUGAAAGGUUCGUCUACGCAAUGACACACAGUAAAUACGUAGGCAUAAGCGAGUUAAAGAAAUGCAAAAAUAAUGUAGAGGACCAUUUAUAUGUGUACAGCGGAGGGAGCGAUAAAGGUGUCUACCUCUUUAACCUAAAUGGGUACAUCGAAUUAAUGCUACAAGGACAUAAAAACAGUGUCUCAAGUAUUGUGGAAUAUAGUAAGCAUAUUUUACUAAGUGCGGACUGGAACGGGGAAGUCAUCAUGUGGCAAAUCGUCAAACUUGGUGACGAAUCUGUGGAAGUUAAUGUGUGGAAUAGUCAGGGAGAAAAAACAGACGAAAUUAAAAAUAUACACAAUGAUAGUGUGCGAGAUAUAGUACUAUUCAAUGGGCAGAAAAAUGCCAUUACCUUUUCGAAUGAUGAAACUAUCAAUAUAUAUGACUCCAAUUUUAAUAUAUUAAAAAUGUACAAAGGUCACCAAGGCUUUAUUUUCUACGUGUGCGUAAAUGAAAAGGAACAGAUUAUGUACAGCUGUGGUGACGACAAAAGUAUCAAAGUGUGGUGCAUCAAAGACAUUUACGAGUUAAUGGAAAAGUACGAUACAGAGGGGGGUGCCAUCUUAAAUAAACUGCCACUAGUGAGUCAGGGGAUGGACCCUGACCCUUCCUGCUUACAAACUAUUUACCUAACGGAUACUCUGUGGAGUGUCAAAGUGCUAAGCAAUGGAGACCUCGCCUGCGCCUGUAAUGAUAGCUACAUUAGGGUGUAUACUAAAAAGAGGAACCACAAGCUGAGCGAAGAAGCAACGAAGGAGGUACUCGAAAUGUGUAGUAAACGGAACAAGAAGGAAAAUCCAAAUGGAGAAAAAAACUCAAAUUCUACCGGAGGGGAAAUUAACUCAGAAAAUAUAAUCAGUGUGGAAAAUAUAAAAAGCGUCGUAGGAAAAGAAGGAGAAGUUAAAAUUUUCAAAAAUAAAAAUAAAUAUGAAGCGUACAAAUAUGAGAACAACGAGUGGGUACUCAUAGGCGAAGUAGUAGACGAUAGCACAUCACAGAAAAAGUUUUACAUCGGAGAUAAUUUGUUCAAACAGGGCUACUACGAUGAAGUGGUCUCCAUCGACACAGGUUACGGAAACAUAAAACUACUUCCCUACAAUGCUAGUGACAAUGUGCACGUUAUAGCGGAAAUGUUUUGCAAAAGAGAAGGCCUCUCCGCCAGCCAAAUAAAACCCAUCGUCGAUUUUAUUAACCAGAAUUAUGCAUCCAAGGGGGGGACAUCCACCUCCUCUACAUGCCCCACAAACAGUUCUUUUGCUACUCAUAAUGGUAGUACCCCUAAUAGUGGGAAAAAAUUCAACACAGUUUUGAACGUUUUCACUGUGGAAAAAGCUGCCCUAGAUAAAAUUUUCCAAAAAAUACAAGAAUUUAACUCUCAACAACCAAGUGAAGAAAAACAGAACAGUAAACUAUCAAAUGAACAACUGAAUGCUCUAUCAAAUAUUAUUAACCUGUACAAAAAGAAUAUAAAAAAUGUAUACAACUUCAACACAGCAGAUAUUAACCUCAUUAUGACACUUUUCAAUUGGUCCCCCACUUAUAUAUUCCCCGUGAUUGACCUCUUUAGGGUUCUCGUUUUAAAUAAAAAUUGUGAUUUUUUAUACAAUAAUAAGUACGCCUUCAAUGCCUUUAAGCUCGUUUACGAUUGCGUUGCUUAUUAUAUAUCCAAUUCAUCAAAGUUAAAAGAAAAUGAGGAGAACAAACUGAAUUCUUUGCUUCUCUGUUGCCUUCGUUUUUAUUUAAAUAUGUUUAGUUUGUCCACCCCAAGAUUUUAUAUGUACAAAAAGUUUAACUUCAUCGCGAAACAGUUCGCAGAGAUGAAGUCCACUAAUUUUAACAUUAACACAUUGUGCAUGAAAAUAUUUUUCAACUAUGUGAUAACGCUGAACGAAAAUAAUGAUCAGGCGAUGAGAAAAUCAGUGUUCGAAGUUUUGCACUCGAUUAAGCACAAGAUAAAUGAUGUCGAAUUGCUUUACACCUUUGCUCUUUGUUUCCACACAUCCCACGAAAUGAACACCAAGGAGACUAACGAAAUUGUGAAAAAGUAUGGCUCCCUUGAUUUUAUGAAGAACAAACUGGAUUCUCUCCUCCCGCAAAAAAAUGAGCAGAAUGAGAAGGUGUUCAAGAACGUGGGAUCCAUUUUGGAGGACCUCUCGGCGUAG